AUGUCCAAGCCAUUUUCCAAGGGUCACAAAAGGAAGAACAGCCAGCAUUUUCUCCAGCAGCAACAGCAGACAUCCAGCUCCUUCGUGCAUCAAGGAGAUUUGGACGUGAUGGAUAAUUUGGAAAUGGAGGAUAUCCCCCCACCGCUGAAUAACAGGGGCUCUCCCGUGCACCAAAUCCCGGUGGACUUGGAAAACCAAUCGAUAGGAAUAAGCGGCGACAGCGAGCCAUUGGACGAGAAUCUGUUGACCACCACGGCACACGAUAACAUGUCGUGGGACAGCUGGUACCUGAAUAAAAAGUUCGGCUACAAUAACAGAAGGGUCAUCGUCCUACUUCUUGGUGCAGUUGCUUUUGUCUUUCUGAUAUUCCUAGCACCUACAUUGUUCACAAACAGCUCCACUGAGACAGGUAGUAAUGGUGGUGGCGGCAAGGGAAAUGGGAACGGGAGACCCGCGAAUUUGCGCCGUUUCAAUAUCAAAGAUGUCCUCUCAGGAUCCUUUGAUGUGAAACAUUCAACUUUCCAUUUCAUUGACCCACCACAGAUGCUCCAAAAGUAUGACAUGGAUCCCGGAUUAUACUAUACCACGCGGCAGAAUGGCGAUGGUAGCGUAGAUUUUAUUGCAAAGCAACUGUACGAUGCAGAAUAUAGUAAAAAUUUGGGAGGGAACAAAUUUAGCUACAGGGGCGAGGAGUACCUAGUUGAGAAGGUGCGAAUUAGCCACAGACUGGAUAAGAUAAUCUUUGGUACAAAUAUACAACCCGGAUUUAGGCACUCAUCGAAGGGAUACUAUUGGAUUAAAGACGUGGAUUCCCAGGAAAUAAUUCCAAUCACCCCAUUUCGUGGUUCCACUGAACCGGAAGCCAUUUCGUUUGUCCAUUUCUCACCCAAUUACAACUUUAUUUACUUCGUCUAUGAGAACAACAUCUACCUACAGCCAGUGAAUCAUAAUGUGGCACCAAUGUCGUUGACCACUGACGGAAGUGGUGCUGUACGUAACGGGAAACCAGACUGGAUCUAUGAAGAGGAAGUUUUGGCAAGUGAAAGCGCCGUUUGGUGGGCACCAGACGAUUCGAAAGUCAUAUUUGCAAAAUUCAACGACACCAAUGUUCCAUUGUACACAUUCCCACAAUUUACAGAUGGGCAACAGUACACACCCUUUGACCAUAUAUACUAUCCAAAACCAGGUACACGCAACCCUCAAGUGACUUUGUACUUAUUCAAUGCUUUGGACGGGACGAUAUAUGCCAUUAAUACGAUGACUUCUCAAGAUGACGAGUUCAUCCUUUACGACGUACAAUGGAUUAGCUCAAAACUCGUUCUGAUUAAGGACACAGACCGCUAUUCGAAAGUACUGAGGGUAAAACUUUAUGACAUUUCCAAAGGUGAAAUGACCGUAGUUCGCGAAGUGGAUACCAACAAAUUCAACGGGUGGGUAGAGAAACCGAAAAAAAUGUUACCAAUCCCGCCUAAUGAAGUAAUGGGUCGGAAGGAGUACGGUUACGUCGAUAUACACGAAGAUGCUAAUGGUUACAACCAUUUAUUCUAUUAUGAGACAGUUACCUCCCAGAAGGGUCGACAACUAACUUAUGGCCAGUGGGAAAUUACUAACCCUGGUAUUGUAGGCUUCGCGUACGAGGAAGACUGGGUCUAUUUUGUCGGGAACAGAAUUUCACCCAUGGGGCAGCAUUUGUACACCGUUGCCCUGGAUGGGAAUUAUGGGCCGGACUCACUAAAACAGUUGCAGGACCCAAACAGUGUAGACGAUUUUUUCAGUUUUGAGUUAAGUUCGAGUGGACGAUACGCUAUGAUGAAGCAACUGGGGCCUGGUGCGCCUAAAUACAGUGCCGGGUCUCUAUCUCAAGUGUUAAGUUCUAUCAAUAACCCGCCAGAUGAAGGCGUGAUUGCAUUGACAGAUUCGAGUAAAUUUGAGGAAGCGAGCCAAAAAUUUGACCUCCCAGUGACUAGUUACAAAUCGAUGUACCUCUCUGAUGGAGUGAAAAUUGACUACGUGGAAAUCAAGCCAUCCAACAUUGAUCCAAGAAAGAAGUACCCGCUGUUGGUUAACGUUUAUGGUGGUCCAGGAUCUCAGACAUUUACCAAGAAGACAUCCAUCUCCUUUGAACAGUCGGUGGUCUCCGGUCUCAAUGCAAUUGUCUUGCAAAUUGAGCCGAGGGGUACAGGAGGCAAAGGGUGGAAAUUCAGGUCAUGGGCCAAGGAGAAACUGGGUUACUGGGAACCACGGGACAUAACAGAAGUGACUCAAAGGUUUAUCAAGGAAAAUAAAAUGUACGUUGACGAGGAACAUGUUGCGAUAUGGGGGUGGUCGUACGGUGGAUUUUCAACUCUCAAAACUGUCGAGUUUGACACUGGGAACACUUUCAAGUAUGCGGUCGCAGUCGCACCGGUUACGAAUUGGAUGUACUAUGACUCUAUUUACACGGAACGGUACAUGGGACCCAUCGGGACAAACAUCGACGGGUACAAUUCCAUAUCUGUCGUCAACGAUACUGGCGCAUUUAAGAAGUUAAACCGUUUUAUGCUGAUGCAUGGCACUAGCGAUGAUAACGUUCACAUACAAAAUACUUUCGAGUUUGUCGACAAAUUGGUCUCAUCUGGCAUCAAAAACUACGAUAUGCAGAUAUUCCCAGACUCGGACCACUCAAUAAGCUUCCACGGUGCUCAAAAGCUCGUGUUCGAAAGAAUCUACAACUGGUUGGGCGAUGCCUUUAGUGGGGCAUUCUAG